AUGUCUCCUUAUAGAACCAUCUAUGAUAAAUCUUGCCACAUCCCUGUAGAACUUGAACACAAAACAUACUGGGCUGUAAAGGUGUGUAAUAUGGAUACGAAAGCCUCUAGCUUAGAAAGGAAGCUACAACUACAAGAGCUUAAAGAGAUGAGAUUGGAAGCAUAUGAGAACUCUCGCCUUUACAAGGAGAGAACAAAGUUAUUACAUGAUAGAGGUAUAUUGAGGAAACAAUUCAAAGAGGGGGACAAGGUGCUAUUGUUAAUAGCCAGAUUCAAAUUUAAAUCUGAAAAAUUCAAUAUUAGAUGGGAUGGCCCUCUUACAGUCACCAAAGUUCAUAAAUUUGGCAUGGUGGAGCUUAUAGAUGACGCCAUUGGUAAGCCUAAAAAAGUCAACGAGCACCUCUUAAAGCACUACUAUGAGAAUUCGCAGUCCUUAUAA